CCCACCUCCUCAUACCCAUUCCCCAUCAUUUACUGCACAUGUUGCGACGUCCAAUGUGGUGAGACUCUCUUUUACCAGAAAACCGCGGCCCUUGAAUCCACCUACAAUCAUUAAAUCCACCAAUACCCACCCAGAGUAUCCUCCACAUACCUCAGCGGGGGACCGUUUCUGUCCGGUCCUGUCCUAGUAAUCGCAAUCGGUCUUUAGGACAACAUACACCAUGAAUCCUCACAUAUCCCUUCCCCGACCCACAGGUGGACCUUCAAACUUUGGAAGCACUGCGCCCUCCAAUCGCAAUGAAGGAGUCCGUAUGCCGCGCUUCUUCAAGCGUCUCUUCAAGUUCCCGCAGAUGGACUUUGAAAUGGCCAUUUGGGAGAUGCUGAACCUAAUAAUAGCACCGAAGAAGGUGUUCCGCUCGAUAUACUACCAUAAACAAACAAAGAAUACAUGGCAUCGGCCUGACCCAUCGUUUACCUAUCUACUUUCCUUCUUUCUGCUCCUUACGAGUCUCGCGUGGGGAUUCGCAUACGCGGACGGGUUCCCCCAGACACUGCAUAUAACCUUCGUGUUCAUAUUCAUACACUUUCUGCUCCUAUCGCUUCUCACAUCGACGCUAUUCUACUUCCUCGUCGGUCGACUCCUUGGACCAGGCGUGAAAGGACUGCCCGGUCGCAGAAGGCAAGGGCUGUUCAACGUGGAGGACGGAGACGAAGGCAGCGAGCUUGAAUUUGGAUACUGCUGGGAUGUCGCCAUAAGAGCGUUCGUACCCAUCUGGGUCUUUCUGUUUGUGGUACAAUUUCUGCUCAUGCCAGUCAUUGCCACGAAGCAUUGGGUUUCUCUCUUCUUUGGAAAUUCUCUCUACCUCCUUGCGCUGAACUACUACUUCAUCAUCACCUUCCUCGGCUACAAUGCGCUUCCGUUCCUGCACCACACCGAGCUGCUCCUCGCUCCCAUCGCUUUAUGCACCAUCUUAUGGUUCGCAAGCUUGUUUGGUCUCAACCUUCCCAAGCACCUAGCGCCGGUACUGUGGGCAGGCGCAAGAUUGCGCAAGGACGUUUGAGGCAAUCAACUGGAGUAGGUUAGCGUGUCGUAUGAAGUGAGGAAUACUGGUAUGCAUGUACGAUAUAUGAGGAGCUUCAUGUUCCGGGUUGCAAUCUGAGUCUAUUGAGAGAACGAGUUGACGGGCGGAGUGACCCUAUCCGGCGUUUUAAAGGAUUUCAAAGAGUUACAUCGCGGCAUAUACACUCUGGUUGUAGCAUUUCUAGCGAGCAUGGGUCAUUGUAAAUAGGAAAAGGUAAUCUUCGCAUCUCGCGGUAGAAA